AUGACGGAAAGCAUCGCCGUGCCGGUUCCCAAGACUUUAGAUGCAGCAAAUGGAUCAGGUCUAGUAGAACCAGUACAGCAAUCGAAAGAGCAGCACAGAGCAAAACUGCAGUUUUCUGAAACAGCUCCAGAUAUCGCUCUGACAUACAAGACACCCAUUGACAAAUCCACGUCUGUAAGCCCCUCGCUGACGGCAAAUCAGCCUCAGACAUCAUGGCAGGAGCAGCGGCAGUGGCAGGCGCAAUCGCAGCGCGGUGCCCACACAAGCGGACGCAAAUCAUCAACCCCCAGCAUGGCCUCGAUGAGCAAGAGGACAAUAGUGACAGAUAUGUACCGUCCUAAGGUAUCCUUGGGCUCGGCAAGGGAGAAUGGAAAAGAUCAGAUGGCUCUGCUCAACCCAAUUCUGGACAAGGGGUAUAAAUCCGCGCCAAAGAAGCCGCUAGUCAUAAAAGGCAGGAUAAAACAUCCUCAUCUUGCAGCCGUUUAUUCCAUGCAUCAAUUGGCCUCGGACCUAGCUAAAGAAAAGAGGACCUCAUUGAAAGUUUCCUACUUUCUCCAACAAUCAAGCCACUUUAUUUCUGCAGCGCACGAGCAUCUUGCUCGCUUCAAGCAAAAUUACAACUGGGAGAAUUACCAUAAACUCGUCAAGGCGGCUCUCAGAUGCUUGAUGCUUUUGUGGAGGAAAUAUGAGAAGGAUAUGACCCCGCGUCAGAGAAUCGUUGUCUGCUAUCGAAUCGCAGAGAUUUAUCUAAAUGAAACAGAGAGUUUCGAAGUUGCCGAAAAAUACAUCAACAUGGCCAUCAAAAUCUGCAAGUCCGAAGAGCUCGUCGAGCAAGAGUUUUACUGUGAUUUGCUCCUCAUCAAAGUAUUGGAAAAGACAAACGUUGCGGUUGCUAUUGAACAUGUAGAAAUGAAGAUAAGUGAGUAUGGCGAGAAAAAAAUAGGUGGUUGCCAAUUGUUUGCCGAGUGUUUGACGUUGAUUAGAGUCCAUUACUCCUUGGUUGACGAUUUUCCAGUGGCUUCAAUAAAGUUGCAACGAUUGGUUAAGGGCAAGCAAUUACAUCCCUCGCUCCACAUUUUGGCGUCCAUCUAUCAAGCGGGGCUACUUAUCCAUAGAGGUGACCCUGUGAGGGCAAUCACUAUACUCAAAGAGGUUGACCAAGUGCAACUUGGUUCCUCCCACCCGUUCAAAGCAUAUUUAUUGUUGACCACGAUGUUGGCACUUUUGACCUCAAACGAUAUCCCAGGUGCUAAAAGAGUACUCAACGAACUUGCAUUUGUUCGGGACGAGAGCAAGAAAACAAACUGGGACCAGUGGCUGGCGAAUGGCGAGACUAAGAUAAAGAUUAAGAUCAAAGUUGAUGAAAAAGAGGAUCAACUCACGUUUUCUUUUCCCUGGUUACUCAAGUCUGAGUUUUUAGCUAUCACGUACUUUUAUUCGGGCUUGAUAUAUUUGAAUGAUAGAAGAACGAAUGCAAGGGAUUAUUUCAAGAAGGCUCUAAUACUGACAAAGGAGGACUUAAACUCCAAUCGGUUAGCUCCCAUGAGAUUCUUGAGGGAUCGUUUGGUCAAAUCAAAGACUUUUAGAUCUUUCAUCCAACUUUAUCAACAAUACUAUGCAUUUGGGAUGGAUGAUUAUCGAGCUUUAUAUAUUAAAGACCUCGUGACCUUGAACAAUAAAGGUAUCCCGCGGUUUGAGUACCUUUACUUGAAACCUCAAUUGCCCAUAACGAAUUACAUUUUUGCACUUUAUUGUCACCGUAAAGGAGACUUGCAAGCAGCAAAAUAUUACUACGCUCUAGUGAGGAACAUGACCAUUGAUGUCGACAAGAAUACUGACAACCUUGAAUCGCUAAACCAGCUUACCCUGGGUGUUGAAUGCGACAGUUGCCGACCGCAGGGAAAAUUCAAUGAGUUGUACAUCUACUCCAGCUUACAAUUGGUCGUGCUUUUGGACUACGAAGCACGAGAGUUGGAAAGACGACAAGGAAGAACAAAUAGUGAAAGCGCAACCGCUUGGAGAAAUGGUAUUGCAGAUGAGUUGCGAGCGGCAACUCUCACGGAACAUGGCUCAGAUUUGUUCCAAUACAACUUUUUAAGUAAAAACAGAUUGGUCCUUUUCACCAUUUCCAUUGUGUUGCAAUUAUUGAAUGAUGCGGAUCCCAAUUUUUUUGAUUCUGGAGAAGAUGUGCAUUCUGUUUUGGCUAGCUUAGGGGAAAAGCCAGCAUUUUACCUCAUUCAUUUUUUGCUAAGCUUUGCAUUAUCCGCCCAAAUGGGUGCAUCCAAGGAUCAGGAAAAGGCGUUCGAGAAGGCAUUGUCUGUUUUGCCCAGCUCAAAGAGUGAGCCAUUGAGGGAAAAUGGACUGUACCUGGCGUCGACUUCGGAGGUGGCUGAUAGUUGCAGAGUCAUGAUCCUCCGUGCAUUGCACAAGAAUUUGACCCUGAACUCGGAUCUCGGCCGAGCAGAGACAAACGAUCUCCAGCAACAACGGUUAUGUAAGCUUCUAUCUCCUAGCUACAAUUUUUUGGCCAAAAACGUUGUCGUUGAGGGGGCAGAAAUGAAAGGUUGA